AUGGCACUAACGUAUAGGGAAAGACUGGAGUUUCUAGAAGGAUUGAAGAGAGGCCCGAUUGACUUGGCUGCAGUUGACCGAAUGGUGGCAUGCGUAAGAGACAGACUGCUUGCAAGACCUGCGCUUUUGAGUCUUGUGAAAGAGUUGACGCGACUGGACGCAUAUAUCAGUGUGAUGCACGGGAUUCUGGAGCAAGAUGAAUGGGACGAGGUUGUGUCUGAGUAUGAUACGCCCAUAGAGGGAGAGCAUGCAAAGCUAAGGGAAGCGGUUAGGGUGUUUCUAUUUGCUUAUGGGCGUCUUGACAGGGUGAUCUGUGAGUUUGGGACCGAAGAUGUACUGGAUGCGUUUAGGAAGCCGCUUGUGUCGAAGACAUUGAAUGUGCAGUUUCUUUUGUUUAGAGUGUGUAGUGUUAAGCCUUUGAGUGUUUUUAAGUUUUUGUUUGAGAUGGUGGAUGAAAACCCGACUGUUUUUCUUCCGUAUUUAUCGUCGCUUGUAGUAAGAUGCAAGUUUGAUGAGGAGGUUAAGAGAGGUGUUGUUGAUGAGUAUGUGAGGUAUGUAAAGGGAUUGAAGAGGACGAAGAGCAUCCAAGUGGUAUUGGCAUGUCAGUGCCUCUUGUACAUGUCAUGCUUUAUGAGGAAGAUUGUGUGUGAUGCGAGAGAUGAGAUAGAAUGGAUGUUUUCGUUGGGUGUGGUUGCAUGCAUGAACAAGAAUGUAGUAAGGAUGUUUUGUGAGAUGUAUGGAUACGAGUGCAAGGUGUUUUGCAGCUAUGAUUAUGACUGUUUGUAUUUUUUCCCGUUUGAUGUGCCUGUGCUGAGCGAGGUAUAUGAGAGUGUGGAUGAGCUAUAUAUCCACUUUGAAAGAUGA